CGCAUACAGUGUCUGCCACGAGAUGCGGUUCCCAACCAAUUCUAAACGUUGACGUGGCUCAAAAAGACUGGUGGACUGCGUCAGCACGCAGGUCAUCACUGUUUCGGUGAGAUUGAGGAUGUCGGGCCAAACACAAGCAGUCGAAGCGUUGUCGUCAACUGCUGUUGAAGCCGGCAACACUCGCGCCAUUAAUCCGAUCGUUCGAAUAUCCGAAAGCAUAUCUUUCAUGGGAUUCGUAUCCUCCGAAUGUUCUUUUUAUUCCCAUCUCUGGGCUUCAUGAUAUAUAACGCUCAAGUAAAUUUCAUUGGGAGAGUACUCCUCUCAAUGAUUAUGCCAAUGUCCUUCUACAAAUCUUCCUCUAGCAAAAACCCGUUUCUGCUUCCAUUCUAUAGGCUCCACAUUGAUCAUCAUCAGAAUAAGGGAACGAGCUAUAGUUAGCUUGGUCUACAAGGCCCAUAACUCGUGGGUUUUGCUAGGAAACAAUGGCCAUGGAGAGCCCUGCCCCGCCGUCUAAUGUUGUCAUCGCAUUCGAUGCCACCAGGUAUUACAGCCAAGAUGAACUUAAUCUCGCCAUUGAAGGCGUGAAACUGGCUGGUGGCAUUCUCCGUGGAGGCGACACGCUUCUAAUGCUAGGAGUCCUCCAUAAGGUCCUGCACCCCUUGGGUUACCAACUCAGAGCUUGCCCUGAGUCUUUGACUGGAACGAGUAUUCGUGCAAUGGAGGAAGAAGUUUCAAAGAAAGUUGAUUUGUAUGUGAAUAUGCUCCAGAAAAGUGCUGAGAAGUGUGAAGAUCAAGGGGUCAGAAUUGAAGUCCAAAUUACUGCUGGCUUUCCCAUUAAGCAGGUUAUUGUACAAGAAGUAGCAGCCUGUAAAGCAAGUUGGGUUAUACUCGAGAGGCACCUUAGACGGGAUUUAACGUUUUACCUUAAACAGAUAUCUUGCAAGAUUGCGUUAAUACAAGAUAGCUUUUCUGUGGAUGUUUUGAAACUUCAUAGUACAGUUGAUACAGAUGAUAUAGAACACAAGCCGUUCUAUACCCUGUCCAAGCCUGUUCCGCUAUCAAAUGGUCAAGGUAGCGAAAAUAUGGAAGUGUCUGUUAUGUCCUGCGGAAGCUACCCCUUUUCCUACAGUUCUCAGGAAAACUCUAUAAUGUUUAAGAGCAACUUGAUUCCUUCAUCUUCAUACAGGUCACAAGAGCAUAAAUCCUCACUGGAUAUUCGGCCUUCCAAUAAACAAAAAGAAUCAGGUAUACACACCCAAGGAGAAAAUAGAUAUACCAGUGCUUCUCAAAUUGUCCAAAAGCAACGUAAAAAUGUCUUCCAUCAAGGAUCCUUGGACGCCCCUAUUCUCUGUGCUGCUUGUGGGACAAGGACUGACUUGUAUCUCAAGGAUUCUAUGAGAUUUAGUUUCUCUCAGAUUCAGCUUGCAACAAAUGAAUUUUCAGAGAAGAACUUAUUAGGAGAAGGUGGAUAUGGACAUGUAUAUAUGGGUGAACUUAAAGAUGGACAGCUCAUUGCAGCGAAGGUACGUAAAGAAGAAAGUCAACAAGGGUUUGCUGAGUUUCAUUCCGAGGUAUAUGUCUUAAAUUUUGCACGGCAUAAGAACAUUGUGAUGCUGUUGGGUUAUUGUUGCAAGGAAAACCAAAAUAUUUUGGUGUACGAGUAUAUCUGCAAUAAGUCUCUUGAUUGGCACUUGUUCGAUAAACAAGCAAGUGUUCUUGAGUGGCACCAAAGAUUUGCUAUUGCCAUCGGAAUUGCAAAAGGAUUGCGUUUUCUUCAUGAAGAAUGCCGUGGAGGUCCUAUAAUUCACAGGGACUUGCGACCAAGCAAUAUACUGCUCACACACGAAUUUGUUCCCAUGCUAGCUGACUUUGGCCUUGCCAAAUGGAAAACAAGCGACGAUCCUGUAUAUACACGGAUACUUGGCACAUUAGGCUACCUUGCACCAGAGUAUGCAGAGGAUGGUAUUGUUUCUGUUCGAACAGAUGUCUAUUCAUUUGGCAUUGUUCUGUUACAACUGAUAUCCGGACGCAAAGCAUUCAAUGUAGAUAAAGAAGAGCAACAACAACCUCUGCGACAAUGGGCAGAACCACUGAUUCAAAGGCUUGCAUUACAUGAGCUCAUUGAUCGUCGUCUUGAAGAGUUAUAUGACACUUAUGAGUUGUACAUCAUGGCUAAAACCGCUUACUUAUGUGUGCAAAGAAGCGCUGAAAUGCGGCCAUCAAUGGGAGAGGUUGUACGCCUUCUUGAUGUGGGAAAUGAUCAUUUCCAGAACUUAAGAGCGCAGGUUGUACCUCAAUAUACAAAGUGAAGAAGAAGAUGAAACUUUAUUUUCAUGUUACAGAUGGCAUUGCUUUUUCUGUUUUUCCUAUUGGUGCUCUUAGCUUUUUAUACUUUUUCUAUUUUUCUUGUUUUUAUGGGUCACUGUCUCGGUUUCUCCUGAUUUUGGACAAAGGAGACCGAGACUGCUUAUAUAGAUUUGAACGUUGAAUAUAGCAAAGCAUGGCUUGGACAAAUGGUAAGUUUCUCUGUUUUAUGCCUUAUCUAAGAUUCUAAGAAUAAGUUUGUGGGUUAUCUGUUGUUUCCCCGAACUGUGCAGCUCUUUGGUGUGCUAGUUAGUUUAGUUUUCUUUCUAGUUUCUGGUUUUGGGAGACUUGUGGCUGGUCUCCCCUUUGUAUUUUUUAUUUUUCGUUUCUAUAAACUGUUUAUUCAUCCAAAAAAGAAGAAUAAAUGUCCUUUUUAUCUAAUAGGAGGAUCUGAAAUCAGCAACUUUCACCCCUUUUUUGGAGUAAUCAAAAUUGUAUAGCUCAUUUAGUCACCAAUGAGAUACGUGAAUAUUCUACAGCACAGAAUCUAAUAUGCUUUCUAUGACUUUCAAUUGUUGCAUUGCAUUACUAGAUUCUUCACUCAGUUAGAUCAUACAAGAAAUUUACAGCUUCCUCCGCCA